CGCACACAUAAUUUUCACAGCUUCUCUGUCGUUCCGGAGAAUCCGACGGGUCACUCUGCCAACUCCGCUCCUUUUGAUGAGAGCAAUCCUGUUGAGGGUGGAGACAUCGACUUUGAAGGGGCAUCGUCGCACAAGCAUGCUGAUUUAUCUGAUGUGUCAGACGUAUCGCUCGACCAGAGUGAGCUGACAGAUCUGGAUGCAGACGAGCUUGAUCGUCAGGCUGGGGCAGCUCUAAUUACGCAGACUGAGCUGCAUCGUUUACCCAGAGGCACCACAAUUCAACAAUUGAAGCUGGCUGCUCUGCAGGUCGGCUAG